CUCCUGUCCCCCCUGCUCCUCCUCUCCGGCCUCGCCGCAGCCCCCUCCUCCCCACCCCGUGCCCCGCUCCUCCCGCCACUGCCAGCAGCUCUAAGAUGCCCCGCUAUGAACUGGCUUUGAUCCUGAAAGCCAUGCAGAGGGGUUGGUACAGUAGGCCUCACUAAACUUAGCUGCAACUAAGAAUUUCUCCUACAUCAACUGAGUUAAGGCUGAUGCUCUUGUGGAAUGUGGAUUAAAAGUGCGUGCUAAGUUCCCAAAUUUGAGAAGCGGAGAAAAGUAAAUGUACCACUGCCACCAGCAUCAGGACAGCAAACCAAGGGACAAAGAAUUUGACCCGCUGUGUUGAUUUUGGUUAAAACUGGUUCACGUGGUGCUUAAGAGACGUUGGCUGGGGGGCGAGAAGUGGACGUCAGCGAAGGCUUUUUGGUUACAAAAUGAGGGCUUCUUUGGAGCCAGCAGACAUUGCCAUUGUGGCCCUGUACUUCGUGCUUGUAAUGUGCAUAGGUUUCUUUGCCAUGUGGAAAAACAAUCGGAGCACCGUGAGUGGCUACUUUUUGGCAGGGCGUUCUAUGACCUGGGUAGCUAUCGGGGCCUCGUUGUUUGUGAGCAAUAUUGGAAGUGAACAUUUCAUUGGGCUCGCAGGAUCUGGAGCGGCGAGCGGAUUCGCCGUAGGCGCGUGGGAGUUCAACGCCUUAAUGCUUUUGCAGCUUUUGGGAUGGGUCUUCGUGCCAGUCUACAUCCGCUCGGGAGUGUACACCAUGCCCGAAUACUUGUCCAAGCGGUUCGGAGGGCAUAGGAUUCAAAUCUAUUUUGCAGCGUUGUCUCUGCUUCUUUAUAUCUUCACCAAACUCUCGGUUGACUUGUAUUCGGGGGCGCUUUUUAUCCAAGAGUCCCUAGGGUGGAACCUGUACCUGUCGGUGAUCCUGCUGAUCGGAAUGACGGCGCUGCUGACCGUGACCGGAGGGCUGGUGGCCGUCAUCUACACGGACACCCUCCAGGCGCUGCUUAUGAUCAUCGGGGCCCUCACACUCAUGAUCAUAAGCCUCAUGGAGGUCGGUGGGUUUGAAGAAGUGAAAAGGAGGUACAUGUUGGCGUCACCGAACAUCACCUCCAUCCUCCUCACCUACAACAUCUCCAACACCAACUCCUGCAACGUCAGCCCGAAGCCCGACUCUCUCAAAAUGCUGCGCGAGCCGACGGACGAAGACAUUCCCUGGCCCGGGUUUCUGCUGGGACAGACCCCGGCCUCGGUGUGGUACUGGUGCGCCGACCAAGUCAUAGUGCAGAGAGUUCUGGCCGCCAAAAACAUCGCUCACGCCAAAGGCUCCACCCUCAUGGCCGGCUUCUUGAAGCUGCUGCCCAUGUUCAUCAUCGUGGUGCCGGGCAUGAUCUCCCGCAUCCUGUUUGUGGAUGACAUCGCCUGCAUCAACCCCGAGCACUGCUUCCAGGUGUGCGGGAGCAGGGCCGGCUGCUCCAACAUCGCUUACCCGCGCCUGGUGAUGAACCUGGUGCCCGUGGGGCUGCGCGGGCUCAUGAUGGCCGUGAUGAUCGCCGCCCUGAUGAGCGACCUGGACUCCAUCUUCAACAGCGCCAGCACCAUCUUCACGCUCGACGUCUACAAGCUCAUCCGGAAGAGCGCGACCUCCCGGGAGCUCAUGAUCGUGGGCAGGGUGUUCGUGGCCUUCAUGGUGGUGAUCAGCAUCGCCUGGGUGCCCAUCAUCGUGGAGAUGCAGGGCGGGCAGAUGUACCUGUACAUCCAGGAGGUGGCGGAUUACCUGACCCCGCCGGUGGCCGCCCUGUUCCUCAUGGCCAUCUUCUGGAAGCGCUGCAACGAGCAGGGGGCUUUCUACGGCGGCAUGGCCGGGUUCGUCCUGGGCGCCAUCCGCCUCAUCCUGGCCUUCUUCUACCGCGCUCCCGAGUGCGACCAGCCGGACACCAGGCCCGGCUUCAUCAAGCACAUCCACUACAUGUACGUGGCCACGGCGCUGUUCUGGAUCACCGGGAUCGUGACGGUCGUGGUGAGCCUGCUGACGCCGCCGCCCACCAAGGAGCAGGUGCGGACCACCACGUUCUGGGCCCUGUGGAAGCGCGGCGCGCCAGACAGCGCCGGCAAGGGGGAGCUGUACCAGGGCCAGGAGAAGAGCAUCCUCAAGUGCAACGAGAACGCCAACCACAUCAUUCCCAACGGGAAGUCGGAGGAGAACAUUAAGAACGUGAAGCCGGAGGACAUCAACCUCCUGGUGACGUGCAGGGAUGACAGCAACCCGGUGAUCUCGGUGAGCCACUCCGAGGUGGAGACGCCCGUGGAUUGUUACUCCAACGGACAGGCCGCCCUGAUGGGGGAGAAAAAGCACGAGGAGGAGGAGGGGACUGACAACAGGGCGAGACAUUUGAAAUUCAUAGAUUGGUUCUGUGGCUUUAAAAGUAAAAACGUAAACAAGAGAGUGGUUCGGGAGGUCGAGGAGGAGACUGUUUGUUUACAAAUGCUGGAAGAGACUCCAAAAGUUAAACUAUUACUAAAUACUGGACUGGUCUGUGUCUGUUCCCUUGGAAUCUUCAUGUUUGUCUACUUCUCUUUGUGAGUGAAUAGUGAACUUUUAAGGGUAUGGCUUAAACAUACAGAAGUUGAUACAGGUCUCUGGAGAUUUUUGGUUUUUCCUUUCUUUUCUUUUCAAACAACAUAACCACAACCCAGGCAUUGUUUACGCUAUAAUUGUAAGGUCAACUCAGCUUUAGCCUAUUUCGAGACCAUUUGAGAUGUGUUGUCCUCCCUCUGCUGAAAGCAGAACCUGUCCUGUGGUGGCUUUUUCUUUUUUCCCUUUUGUGUUGGUUUUAUUUGUUUUGUUUUCCAUUUGCAGCACUAACCUUUUGUUUUUCUGUGUAUAAAUAUACCAAAGGCAGGCAGGUGGCUGUGUUUGAAGUCAGGCAGUUACAGCUCAGUCAGCAUUAAGUGAAGAUAACAGGUAAUCAGUUACCAGCGUGUAAAAUCUGAGUGAUUAAAGCUGUGUCAAAAGAUUUUUAAACGCAGAGCUGUGAUGCACAUUUAUAAAAUAACUGUAUUACCUUGGCCAACUUAGCACUUUUUAAUUGCACUCACUGCUUUCUUUCUUUUUUCAGUUUCUCAUUUUUCUUCUGGCAACAACAGGAAGCUGUUUUGUCUCAUUUUAUAGCACUUAAAACAUGAUGGCUCUUAGCAGCUUUCUGCCUUUUUUUUUACUCUUUUUAAGGAAAUUUUUGUCUUUUGAUUUUUAUCCACUGUAAAUUCCAUUACUGAAAAGUUUCUGUAUUAAAAAAAAAGAAAAAAAAAGAUAAAAAACUAAAACAAAAAUAAGCCUGGAGAUGACAAACUGUGAAUGGAGGAGGACGAAAAAGAAAUAUUCUUUCUGUGGGGUUUUGUAGUAUAUUGAAAUUGAAGAAUCACAGAAUUCUUGAGGUGGGUUUGGGAUGUCCCUGGGCAGCUGUUCCAGGGCUCUGCCACCUCCACGGAAAAAAAUUUUUCCUCAGGUUUGGGUGGAAUUUCUUGAGUUUUGGUAAAUGGCCAGAAGAUUCAUUCAGCCUCUCCACUCUCUGAACCUUGGACAUUGUAAGGAUUGAAUCCUGGACAUUGUGAGGAUUAGCUUCUUUUUAGGGAAAAAUCUGUUUGCAGGUUCUGCCAUGUGGGAAGAAGAAAACCAUGAAGCUUUACAUGUCUUGAAAAACUGUUUUGCACCCUGCAGAAGGGUUUUCCUCUGCUGUGUCUGGGAGGAAUCCCAGAGGAGGAAGAGGAGGAAGCUCCGAUGCUGCAAGGGGAGAACAGCUGGGAAGGCGAGGAAGGGGAAAUGGGAGGGAGAGGUGAAAGUGCUCCUUGUUUUCCAGAGCCCUUUUGCCCCAUGUCUUCUCCCACUUCCCCUUCCACCCUGUCAAACUUCCUCUCUGUAUUUUGAGGAAUCCCAGAAUCCCUGAGCUUGGAAAAGCCCUCCCUGGUCAUUGAGUUCCAGCUGUGCCCAAUCCCCACCUCGUCACCCAGCCCAGAGUGCCACAUGGCUUGGACACCUCCAGGGCUGGGCACUCCACCAGCUCCCUGGGCAGCCCCUUCCCAUGAGUGACCUUUGUGGGAAGAAAUUCCCUCCUUCCCUCCCUCCUCAGAAGGAUCCUGAGGGAUUCGGUGUCAGGAGACGGGGAGCGCGUGCAGCCACAAAUCUGUGUCGCCAAUUGAGGUCUGUCCUGUCCUCAGGAUUUUCCCAAAAACCUGAAUUCCUCCCUGGCAGUCACAGCUAUUUGUAGGGCUCCAGAUCCAGAGGAUGUUUCCUCCGGAUGGAUGGAUGGAUGGAUGGAUGGAUGGAUGGAUGGAUGGAUGGAUGGAUGGAUGGAUGGAUGGAUGGAUGCCCAGGCAGGGAUGAGCAGUCCCAGGUGUGGAGGAUGUGUGUGCAGCAGUUUGGUGCUCUCAUCCUUCCCCAAGCCAAGCUGGCUCCUGGUUUUGGGAGCAGAGCCCACCAGUGUUAAAACUCCUCUCUCCAGGACAGAGUGGUCAUAUCCAGGCUUUCCAUGGAAAUAAUUCCUCCAGUUGUCUUUGCUCCUGAGCUCGUUCAGGAGAGCACGAACUGGCUGGGCCAAAAUCAGGCUGAGGGACCAUUGUGAACAUUCACCAAAACCACUUGAGGGGUCCAGCACCAUUUCCUUGGCACACAAAGAAGAACCAAUUCCUGUGGGGGAAACCUUUUUGUAGAGAUGAGAUUUGGGUCAGUCCUGCCUUUGCCUGCUGGAGCAAGUUUGCUUUUCCAGUGGUGCCAUCCACACAGCUUCUAGCAGAUAAAUCCCAAUACAUCUUUUCAGAUAAAAUGAUUCACUUCUAUUUUUGGGGUGGUGUUGUUUGUUUUGAUGGUUUUUUAGUAUCAUUUGAAUCUCAUUCAUUCCAAAACUUUGACCAGAGGCUGAGAUGCCCCACUUUUCUCCACUUGGUUUAGUUGUUGCUGCUGGGAAGUAGAACUACUCCAAAGUGGAAAACUUGGAGUGUUUUUGCAAUAUUUGUAGAGAGGAGCCACCAUACAUGGUGCUGAUGUUGCUUCCAAUGGGACAAGACACAUUUUUUUAUGGUUUGUGUGUCCACAGCUUGGUUUGGGAAAACAUUUUAAAUCCUAUUUAAGGGUGAAAUCCUGGUGUGUGGAAUUAAUGGCAUCUCAAGUUGCUUCAUUAGUGGGCUGAGCUGUGAAGGACAGUUUGAUGUAAAGACGUAGGGAAUUGUUUCCAUACAGGAUAAAAUCAUUUAGGGCAACAUUUGAUCAUAGUGGGAUGAAAAAUAAAUCGUGGAAGGUAAAGCUAAUUCUCAGUCCAACAAUAUCCUCCUGACAAGGCUGGGACGUGGCUCCCACACCCGGUUUGGCCCAGGCAAGGAGACUCGUGUCCGUUCGGAGCUUUGGUCGCUCUGAACCAUUUUGGAGCACGAUUUUGGAGCAGCUGCUGGCACUGGGAUUUUCCAGGCUGCUGCUGGAUGUGCAGCGCUCCGCCACCGCCUGGGAAGCCAGGUUAGCUCAGGGACCCUUUGGCUCGGCUCCAUCGCCCUGUGCUGUCCCCAGGGUGCCUUACGCGGGCGGGCGGCCCAAGGCGCGGCUCCUUGCAGCGCUUCUCCCUGCUGCUUCCAUCCCUCCCUCCCAUGCCGUUUGCUCCUCCAGGAGGGCACCUGGGAGAGCCAACAGGCACAGUUCCAGCGUCCUGCUUGCUCACAUCCCUGGGGAGCUCUCCUUGGCCGUGGGAGGGAGCAGAGUCCUUCGGGACCGAACUGAGGUGCUUCAUCUCCCACUUCCUUUACUCUCCCUUUUGCUACGCUAACGAGCUGCCACAUUAAUCACACUGCUAAUUGGCGGGCAGGAUCAUCAUGGAUUAUUAAUCUGCCUCCCCACCCCAUCCUCAGACUUGGUAUUGUGAAGCUUUUAAGCAAAUUCUUUCUCCAGUGCUUUUUUUCUCUUCGGGUGUUUUGUGUGCUCCUCUUCAGCCUCAUUGUGUUGUAGAGAUCCUGCAAGUUGCUGAUGCUCUUUGCUGCAUAAAACCACUUAAUAAAAGGCCUUUAUUAAUAAAUAAAGAUAUUCCUGAGGUUCCAAGCAGGCUGCCUGAUGGCAAGAAGAACCUUGUGUAGAAGAAGGGAUUUUUCAUAGCGUAAACAAGCCUUUGCUGAAGGGAGAAGUUGGUAAAUUUGGGGUCAAACACCCAUUUUUUGGUUCAGCAGAACCAUAGUGUUUCCCAAGAUGGAAUUUUGUUGCCUGGCCCCUCCCCCUGGGUGGGGCUGGUGUGCUUCUGUCUUGCAGCAAUGGGUUUAUUUAUUAUUGCCUUGAGUUUAGGAUGACAAGUCUUGGAAAACUGAGUUUGGAAUGACAGCUUUUUUUUCUUCUUGUUAUUUCCCUUAACUUAUUUUUUCUGGUAAGGUAUUUGAAUUUUGCUCCUGGAAAUGGUAGAAGCCUUUUAUUUAGAAAAAUAAUUUAAAAAAAUAAAAAAGAAGAGGCUUCUUGAGAGUUUAAUAGUACACUUUGGGAGACUGUUUUUAUUUAAGUUUUUUUUAAAUGGCUGAUUUGAUGCUAUUCUCUGCCAAAGUUUAGAGGCUUUUUUGUUGUUGUUUAAUUUUUUUUUAAUAAUUUUUCCUGUUUAGCUUUUAGGGAAAGGAAACCGUGCGAGAUUGUAAGAAAUAAAAAUGGCCUUCAGUAUAUUCCUUAUAUUGUGUAUUUUUUACUUCUCCACUUGUGUGUUCCCUGAUCCCAGAAGGGCCAGGAUGAGACUUCUGAUGAGAGUCAUGAGCCCUGUAACCCAGGAGAGAAAAGGAUUUAUUUCCAUCAGGUUACAGUGGAGGGGGCAGAGCCACCAGGGAGCUCUGCCAGCACUUAAAAGAUGCUUACAACUUUAAAACAGCUUUAUUUUUUUUAUAUAUCUAUUUUUUUAAAUCCUGAGAUAGAGGAGGUGUUGGGAAUUGCUCCCUUUCAGAGGACAGAGACAUGGAAGGAGCUGGAGUUGCCAAGCUCCAGCUUUCUCAAGGAAAUCUUUGGAUUUAGCAUGUACAGAGAAGCAAAAUUACUCAUCUGUUAAUUUGGUAUUCUGUAUGUUCUGUGCCCUUAAAUGUAAUUGUUUUGAAAAUAAAACUAACCUUGUUAUGUGAUGUUAAAAGCAGACUUCUGUGCAAUGUUUUAUUUUUUUUUUGUUUUUUUAAAGAAAAUGUUUGUAUAUAAUUAAAUGGUUUAAUGUGCUUUAAUUGGCCUAAGGUAAAGAGUAGUCCUAGAAUGUAAAACAUAUAUAAUUAGAAUUUCUGAUUUCACUGUGAGAUCUCUGAACUCUUGGAUUUUUGGUUUUGUUUUGUUUUUUUGGUUUUUUUUUCUUUCUUUCUUGCAAAGUGGUUUUGUUUUGUUUACAAAACACUUUCUCUUUGAUUUCUUUCCUGGUGUUGGUUUCAAGGCAUUUGCUUCACUUCUGUUCCAAUCUUGAACUCAUGGUAUAGUGACAUCUGGUGACACUUGGCAUUCUCAGUUCCACUGUGUAAAGUCAGACACUUUGAGCAAAACUGGCGGUGAAAUGACAAUUCUGUGUCUAGGGAUUCACGCUUUUCAAAUGAGGUGGUUAUAAAAAUAGUUGCUGUGCAAAAUGUUAGUAGUCUUCUUCAAGAAGAAAGCAAAAUUUUCUAAUCUCACUCAAGCAGUCUCUUCAUUCAUCAUCUUCUUUUUUAAAGCACAGUGUCAAAGUGAUGCUGCUUUACCUUGUAUCUCUGAGAAAAAAUGUUUUUUUAGAUAUCUGUGAAGUAUUUUUGGGUUUUGUUGCUGUUGUAUUUUUCUGCAGAUUUUAUAUAAAAUACCAGUUAAUGAACUGCCUUUUUUCUGUUGGUUUUUUUUAACUCUCUAAAAUACAUUUCAGACCAAAACCAAAUGAUAUCAUAUAGCAUUUGAAACCUGCCUUUUUCCUUGUCCCUUGGUUGUUUUUUUGGAAAUAAGCCAAAUGGGCAUGUAGAUAAGAUCACUAUAAUGGAUCCAGGUCUCUUUUGGUAAAGUGUUAUUUAAAGGUCUGUUAAGAUCUUAUAAGACAAUAUAAUGAAAAAAAAAAACCCUUUACUGUAGUAGGAAUAUAGAUUUAGAAGUGUUAAUGAGAUUAAUACAGCUUAAUUAUAUUGUAAGUUGCUACUGUCCUUAAUGACAAGCUUUUUGUCACAGAAACGAUGUAUGAUAAAUUAAUUUUGGUCUAGUGUAUAGAAUUAUCAUAUUGCUAUCAAUCUUUGAAGUAAAUCUGAUGCAAAAUUUUCAUAGUUAGCAUUGCUGGCCCUGUGUAUACUGUUCUUUGUAUACUGUAUGCAUUUUAUUUUGCCUCCUGCAUUAGUCUUCAAACUAAAACUCUUAUUAGAGAGUAUUUGGAUACUUUCAGACUGUGUUUCUUGCAGUUUACAUUCCUUUACCAUGGCAUUUUGUCCUGUCUCAAAGUAUUGUAUGGAAAUGUUUCAAACUUCUGUACAAAGUUUCAAUAAAAAUAGAGAAAAAAAAAACCAAAAAAACCCCAAACGGACCAACCCACCAGAA